AUGACUUCACUCAACUCCCCUUCCCCCUCCGGCACGCGGCAGAGUACUGACAAUCUGCUCGAACAACAUGGAUGCCAUCUCGAGGACAACAACACAGUAUGCUGGAACGACGAUAGCAAAGACCACCCGAGAAAUUGGGGACCGAUCGCAAAAUGCUACACCACCAUCAUUAUCUGCUGGGUCGAAUUAUACAUGACUGGUAUCAGUUCGGCAGGCACCGCAGCUUCUGACUCUGCUCGAGAGGAGUACCACAUGAGUAGGACACUCGGAGUCUUCGCCUUUGUCACCAUGUACCUGCUCGGCCAGACUUUUGGAGGCAUCAUUUGCUCUCCGAUAUCAGAAACCUUUGGCCGACGUACUCUAUACAUUGUGUCCUCGGCCGUCUUCUGCAUCUUCUCGGUCAUCACAGCAGCUGUGCCUUCGUCUAUUGCGGUAUACUUUGGUCGCUUCUUCCAAGGCGUCGCCGCCGCUGUACCUGCUUGUGUAGCAUACGGCAGUAUUGAAGACAUGUGGGGUGCUCAGAUCAGGAUCUGGGUCGUGUACUGGUACACUGUCUCUGGCUUCGUCGGCCUCGUGCUAGGUCCUAUCUAUUCCUCAUACAUCACCCAUUACUACGGCUGGCGAGUAGUCUUCUACGUCUCUGCCAUCGUAGCCGCCAUUUCUACAAUCCUAUCGUUUUUCAUGAAAGAGACAAAGGCCGAACAGCUCCUGCAACACAAGGUGGACGCCAUACACUCCGAAACCGGGCGCGACGACCUGAACGGACCAUCCUCCUCCGAAGGCUUCUCCUUCAAGUCCUUCGUCAAAGACUCACUCUUCCGGCCCCUGGUCUUUUUAGUCACAGAACCUAUCGUCUUCUUCUGCUCUGCCCUCUGCGCCAUCGCUUUCGGUCUCAUCUACGGCUUGACCGAGGGCCUAACAGUCUCCUACACCAACCCGCCCUUCGACCGCACCUUUUCCCAAACCUCUUCCUCUCUAUCCUUCAUCGCCAUCCUCAUCGGCAUUCUCCUCGACGUCUUGCCUCGCUUCUACGACGACUACCUCUUCAAAAAGUUCCGCGCACAAAAACGUCGCCUUCUCCCCGAAACCAAGAUCCGAUCCUUCGCUAUUGCUUGUCCUGCCCUCGCUAUCGGUCUUUGGAUCUUCGCUUGGACAAUCCCGCCUAGAGUCACUAAUGUGCAUUGGGUAUUCUCCAUGAUCGGUCUCGCUUGCGUUGGCUUCGCAACCGCUGAUUUCAGCUACGUGCUUUUCGGCUACUGCACUGAUACCUAUGGACCCAUGGCUGCUUCUGCAGUCUCCUCACUGAGCACCUGUCGCACUAUUGCCGCAGCAGUGUUUCCUCUGUUUGCAUAUCAGAUGUUUUCAGGCUUGGGGGCGAAUGUAGCGGCGAGUAUUUUGGCGGCAGUAGCGACGUUGUUUGCAUUCACGCCGAUUUUGUUUUUGAAGUAUGGAAGGACGUUGAGGAAGAAGAGUAAGGUUGCUGCGAAGGAUGAGGAUUGUUUGGUGGAGGAGAAUAAGCAUAUGGAGGAUGAGAAGAGGAGUGAAGCGGAGAAGGAGAAGCAAACGCAAGAUGUUUGA